CAAAUUUAAAAAGAAAAUUUGUCACAUAGGAGGAAUAGUUUUCCACUUUUAGGUCGCUACAAGCUCUGUUUAACUUGAAUUUGUUGUUUCUAAGGCAAAAAGUUUAAUUUCAGUCGCGCGUUUUGGAAGUUCAUUUUCCCGCGCAUGGGCUUCAACCAUAGGACUUGAUCAUAGGACUUGAUCAUUAGGAGUUAGCGUUCCAGUAUACUUACAGUUCAAUGGAUUACCGAGCGUUUGCGAAUACGUUCCGAUUAUCUCCGAAGUAUCCCGACGAUUAGAAUGUUCGAAUUAUUUGGCCGCUCUGGAAACUAUGGCGGGAAGAAUUUGCAGCAAAAAUACCGAGAAUAAACGAUAAAAUGAAUUCUAAAAUAAUGUAUAAAAUAGACGACAAACAGAAGUGCUACAGGGGAAUAAGGCAAUGAUCUAAAAGUGGACUAAAGGUUCAAAACACGGCGUGAAAGGUAGGCUGUUGUGUGUUGUGUGUAUCAUGUUCGGUCACAUGUCAAUUCAACAUGCUUGCUAAACGUAUUUAUGGGAGAUUUAUAGAGAAAAUGAACGUUUCGCUGCUUCAUCUCGUAUCAGGUCGAAACAAACUCUUCCUCAUCGAUGUAUUCAGAUCUUAUGAUAUUAUUAUUGUGAUAUUAUGGUCUAAUGGCUUUUUUGACGAAAAUAUAAUAUUAUGAUGUCACGCCUGACUAGAAUGCCCCCCUCAUUUAUAAAUUAAGGCCUCGUGUCGUACGGUCGCGAUAUCAACUUGCCACGAGGAAUACAGUAGGCAAAAUUCAGCCACUGUUUAGCUAAUCUUAAAAUUCUUUUGGGUCUAGCUAACUAAUAAAUGAAUACAUUAACAAAACAGUUUGCUUGCAGCUUAAAACAUUUGCAUAUAACGAUGAAACUGCCAUUUGCAUAAUUUUCUAUUAAAAGCACCUGGUGACGUGCCAGAUUGGAAAGUGGGCUAGAUGAAGCUUUGGCUAACAUAUUGUGUGGGCACCCUCGUAUAUUGUGCGGGCAAUUUUGUUUUUCCAGUGGCUUAAGGUGGAAUAAUAGUACUAAUUGUAGAAUGGUUAGGUUUAGAUGCAAAUUUCGAGUGUGAAUUUUUUAUACAUUUAUUAGGAGCAGUUGAGAAACAUGCUACUGUAGGUCCUCUUGCAGGAAUUGAUUUAAACCUGCGGCCCUGCGAUUCCGGUGCAGCACUCCAACCAACUGAGCUACAGAGGCCAGUUGUUAAGCUCUAACUGCAAGUUAGAGGGGCCUUGGUGACACAGUCGUCAGAGCGAGUGCCUUUCAUCUCUGAGAAUGUGGAUUAGAUUCUUGCUGCGGGCCCAUGUGAAAAGAGUCAGUCAACAGGGGUCGAAAUUCCCGCUAAUCCGAAUACACUAAAAUGCCUGACGGAAUAGUAAACUUCAUGAUCACAGUAUUCCGUUUGUAUAGUAGAAACAAAUGUGGUACCAAAUAUCGACAAGCAAGAGUUUUCCUCUUGUAUAAUAAUAUAUCACUUUAUACUGGACUUUGAGCCACUGUUCCACUUCGUAGCUAAGUUCUUGUUCGCUUGCAAUACUCAUAUUCUAAUUCCUUUGCACCAAUAUUAUUGUUGAUUUCAAAUCACUUUUCAACGCGCGGUUCCCAAGGUUGUUGCGAACUUGCCAAUUACGUUUCCAAGUUUGGAAAUUGGGUGUGAACUUUGCAACAAAGUUCGCAAGUUCAUUUCAGUGUUUGAACUUUGUUUUUUAUUAAUAAAUUAUUAUUUGUUCAAGCACUGUACAUGUUUAUUUUUUGUUAUUCAAUUAUUCAAUUUACUUCAGGAGUCUCAAGGACCGAUGAUUUCGCGAAAAUCAGAACAUUAGCGCGGACAUGAACAGGCUCUCAGAAACAGUACAUUAGGGAAUAGUGGAUUUUCAGACGGAAUAGUAAAUAUAAAAAUCUGCUAUUCUGGCUGUAUAGUACAAACAAAUUUAAAUUUUGACCCCUGAUCAACGCUCUGCCAAAAGUUGUGGCUUUUCUCCAGGUGUUCUGGUUUCCUCUCACUGGGAAAAUUGACAGGGUGGGUUAGGAUAAACAUCGUUAGGAAAGUAAUCACAAUUGUUGUAAAGAUAAUUACUGUAGUCUAUAGGUUAAGUAAAUCACACAAGUUUAAAUGUAAUACUUGAUGUAAUCGGUUACUGAAAAGCCCCCUUUGGGAGCGAGCUGAAUAAUAUUUGUAUGUAUAAGUUCGUGUAGUUGUUUUACCUCAAAAGGUUGCCACAACAGCCUGAAUUGCAGUGCUGCAGGUUUUAUUCCUGCCUGAAGGCCUAUAGUUGCUCCUGGUUACUGUAGGCCUUAAUAAAAUAAAUGUAUAAAAUUCAUGCCUGUAGAAAGUAGGAAGUUAUGGAUACUACCUCUAAAGUCUAAAGGUUUAACUCCAAACCAAAAUAUACACUUGAGUAACUUGUGUAAUUCAAAACUAACUGAGUUGAAAUAUGAAUUAUGGAGUUACUGGCUAACUCCAAAAAUAAUUUGGAGCUACAGUAGAUAUAACUCCAAAAAGCAUGAAAAAUUUGUAUCUAAGCCUUGAGUUACGGGCUAACUGCCUAACUCCAAAGAGUAUGUGUAGUGAGGCGAGCCAGCCUAGCCGCUACAGUAGGUAUGUGAGCCUGAAGUUACUUGCUGUGUGUUGCUAACUCUUGUUCAGAGGCUAAAUUUUGAUCUGCAGUUGUGGUGCAACCCAUUCUCGUACCCCUCCACCCUUGUCAUGCUUUGUUGACCGUGUGGAAGGCGGACUCUGGGUACGAGAAUGUGGCAUAGCGUAUAGCUCCAUUUGAAGAUUGGCUACCUCCACAAAAGUCAAAUCUAGAGGUACAAUAUGAUAAAAUUCACAUUUGAAAUUUCCAUUCUACAAUUAGUUAUAAAGAGUAUAGAUGCAUGUCCAAAAUCUGUAUAACUGUUCAAUAAUUUCUGUUACCCAGUAUUACCAUUUGAAGUGCACAGGCAAUUGCUGUUUUCACAAUGUGCAGGUGUGGCUGAAAAUGGCCAAAAAGUGUGUUGGAGGGGGGGGGGGUUAGAGUUCUCUUGUUUUAAAUAUUUGUCAGUAGGUAUGUUUUACACAUUAGAAUAUGAAAGAUUUCUUACCAUUUAAAUUAAACACCAAAUUUUGUUUUUCUUGUUCAAAUCUUGUUUUUCAUUGUAUGCCAUUUUCUCAAUUAUGCUCAGCUGUAGCAAUUUUCCGAUUUAGAUGUGCCAAAAAUAACAUAACCAUUAUAAAAAAAAAUGUUAAGAUUGUUCAACUUCAAAACUAUGUUCAAGAAGAAUUCAAUUGAAAACCAGAUCAGUGUUGUGAGAGUGUCAUCUAGCUUGAAGUAUUUUUGUCUGUUAUUGGUUAUUAUGCAUAAUUUGUGAAAACAAUGCCUGUUGGCUUCAAAAGUUUCAGUUUGACUCAGCCCAUCAACACCUUGUGCUAGGCCACAAAAAUGCCAAUUAAUGUGUGAGACACAUGAAAUUUCUUUCAUGGCAGGGCUUCAAAUUUGAAUUUUUCAGCAGUAUCCAGCGGGAUACUAGCAACUUAAAAUCUGGUAUCCACCCAGAAAAUCUAGUAUCCCACAUUUGCAAAACAUCUGUUCGUUCACGAGCGUAACCCAUGGAAAGGAUUUUUUCAAGACAUUUUAAAUUUUUGACAACGCUUUGUUUCUUAAUACUUUGCUUGGCUUUGCCACUUUUUUGAGCAUAUCUUUCUUGAUCAGUCAAAUUUAAUCGCUUUCACUUUGUUUAUCUUCUUGUAUUAUUUUCGAUGGUAUUUUGUCGAGAAAUCUCAGCUGUGGACAGAAUUUGUUUCAGUAUCCCUCGGGAUACCUCGUGAUUUUCAGUAUCCAAAUUUAAUACUGCGAAUUUGAAGCCCUACAUGGUGGUGGAACUCACAGGCUAGCUGAGUUUCAUUAAAUUGCCGAUUUUUUCUUCUGGCUGACAUCCAUUCCUGUGAUUGUUGAACAUCCUGAGAGGAUUAAAUCCACAAUCUAGUGAUGCACCGAUAGUCUGAUAUCCAUAUCGGAUAUUGGUAUAUCGGCCCUAAAUUGAAACUUUAGGCAUCAGUAUUUUUGUUGCCGAUAUUAUUGGUAUUGUAUGAACAAAUUUAUACAAUAUAUUUUAAAUUUAAAGUAUAUUUUGGAUUCCAAUUUGGUUGUAACACUCAGUGACCCAAAUAUAUCAUGAUUAUAAAUUCAAUUAUAUAGCCAUAUUCAAAGAUGCUAUCAAUGUAUACAGUCAUAUAUGAAGUGUGUUAAUGCAUGAUUGACCACUCUAGUUCUGUUAUGAUGAAGUUUCUACAGUACCGGGUAUAUCGGUUACCGGCAUCAGCCAAUAUUGGCUCUUGAAUAUUGAUUAUUGGAAUAUCAGUAAAUUUUCAUAUUGGUACAUCAUUACCACAAAUAUUAUAUGGUGCUGUGCUGUAUAUUUAAAACACUCGCCUAGAUAUGUUUUGUGUUUUUUUUUCUACCAGGAGUAACUAGUAAUGAUGCAAGAGGAUGGAAGUAAAGGUACUUAUUUUCUUACAUGAGAAAUUAGUGAUUAGAAUUUUUUAUUAUAUGGCAAGCAUCACUUCCGGUGAAAUGGCGGACUGUGAUUGGCUGAGAAGCACUUUCAGCGUCCAUUAUUUUCCUGUAAUGGACUGGCGGUCCAUUACGUAAAAACAAACGAAUGCAUUUUAAAACAAAACAACAAAACUAAUUGAAAAUUAUAAUUUAAUUUGUUAUUAAUAAGAUAUCUGCAAAUGGUUUUUAGUUGAAAAGAAGGAAUACACAUUAUUGGUAUUUUUUGUUUUCUUCAACUAAAUGUGUAUCACACUACUAAUAUGCAUUUUAAAUCAUGCAUUUCUUGUUUGUUUCAAAUAUAAAUGCCAUAUAAUAAACUUUUUAUUAAUUGCUCCGUAUGUACAAAAAAAGUAUCGGACCUCGGUCUUUUUGUGCAAACCUCACCCUACGGGCUCGGUCUGUUAAGAGCAACCUGCAGGUUUUAUACUUUAUACUGUAUAGUGUUUCACAUAAUUUGCACAAUUCUAAAACAUGCUAGUAUUUACUAGGAUACUGCUAUUAAAAAUCAAAGUCAUGAAUGAGCAACAAAGUCAAAUGAGUCAUGAUUCAGUAUAGAGCAACCAUGAUGAAAAACAGUCCAUGUUGUCAUUGUUGUGUACACUGUACAAGGGAAGGUACAUACCUCUCUGAGAUCAUUUUCAUCUCCUCAGAGAUUUUUUGCACCUGCCCUUUGGAAAGAUCAAAUGAUAUAGAUCAAAGUCAAAAUUUGACUCAAACUUAAGAGUUACAGUAUAGCUUGUCACUAAAUUUAUAUGUGUUGGUUAGGGUCUACACAUUGUAACAAGGUUUUCUGUAAAAUUGAAAAAUUGAUAGUCAUUCAUCUCUCUGUCAAAGACUCUUUGUAACUCGACGAGUUGUUACAUUAACAUAUGUAUAGUACAUGCAUAAUGUCAAGUAUUUGACUUCAGAGAGCUUUGUUCUAAGCCCUACAUUAACAUCCCAGGGAGGCUGUGUGAGACCAACUUCCUUCAAAUCUUUUCCACCUCUUCUAGCAUUUUCACCCACCAAAAUCCAGCAUUGACUCAAAAUCUUGCCUUAUAGUAUUUGCUGUCAUGAUGAUUUUGGAAAGUUUGGCAUUACUGAUUAAAAAACUGCAUUCAUUUCUUGCAUUUUAGGCGAACUUCCUGUUAAAGUAACAAUCAAGGAUGGAAAGAAACCUGCAGAGGUAAUUUCUACUGUUUCAUGCAGUACUUAACUGGUACUGUACAGUAACACACAUAGGAAUGUUGGAAAAUAUGUGUUACAAAUAUGUGUGUUACAAUAUAUAUCUCAGUUUAGAACUGAGAAGUUAGUUUUUUACUCUCCCCUUGAUGAGUAAAAUCGUCUGGCAUUAGACUUGGACAUACUUCCAUUUAUGGGGAAACUGUUUGCUUACAUAUUGCACUUGCGUAAUACAGUAUUAUUGUAGGUUGAAAGUUUCUUUGAGGUUCCGCAAAGGUCUUAAGAUGUUUGUACGUAAUUGUAAACAAACAUUUUUAUUUUUGUUCAAGGUGUUUAGAACUGAUUUGAUUACAGCAAUGAAGAUUCCUGAUCAUCAGCUUGUCACACCUGGUACAUAUUUUGAUCUUUGUGAUCCCUGGAAACAAGAAUGGGAAAAAGGUGUUCAGGUUGUAAAUUGCUGUAUUUCACUAAAAACCUUUUUUCAAUGGGCUAGUAUACUGCAGGGUCUGAGAUUUUAAAUUUUGUUCAGUACCCCACUGCCACUCAUGGGAUACCAGGAUUCAAAGUUCAGUAUUAUCCCAUCUGAGAAUCCAGUAUCCCACUUCUGGAUACUGGUUACCAUAAUUUUUUGUUAAAAUUAGUAGUCAUCAUUUAUAUUAUUGCAUAAAUUAAGUAUUUUGUUUUAAGCGAUAUGAUUGGAUGCCAAUGGACGGUGAUCACAUGACUUUCGAACACGUUGUUUUAUUCCUUAUCUUCUGUGUCGAAGUAUAAAUAGUUAUUCAUGCAUCGAACGUAAUACGUUUAUUUUUCAUAUUAAAUAACAUGGUUUUUAAUAGGUUAUGGGCCCAGGUGCCGCUUGAGUGUACGAUACAUUACGACUUACGUAUGUCUUACUUGACGGGAAUAAUAUUUUGUGUUUACUGAAGCGUAAACGUGCCGUUGAAAGGUGCAAACUAAGCUAUUGUUUGCGAAGAAAAAUUCAAAAUGGCGGAAAUCACGAGGAUUACAAAGAUUGAACAUUUAAACGGAAAGAACAACCAAUCAUGGAAUUACUAUAUAACAUGAAAUUAGUAUUGAUGAAGCGAGGAUUAUGGGAUUUUGUAAAUGCAACUGAGGAACAACCAGCUGAAACCGCCACUGCACAGGUAAAAAGUGCGUAUGAACUAAGAUCUGACUAAGCAUAUUCAUUGAUUGCACUAAGCGUUGAUAAAAAUCUACAAGUUCACAUUAGUACAACAACAGAUCUUUUGGAAGCUUGGGAGACACUUCGCAAUUCGAGUUCGUUUCUAUCACCCAAAUCGUAAGAUUAAACCGCAGAUUUUAUGCUGCUACUAUGAAAGAAGAUGGCGAUAUAAUGCAGCAUAUUACGUGCAUGACAACACUGGCAGAGCAAUUGCGAGACAUGGAAGAGGAGAUUUCAGAUCAGAAAUUUGCCACAGUGGUUUUAGGAAGCCUUCCUGAAUCGUAUGAAAAUUUUAUUUCAAGUUUGAAUGCUCAGAAAGUAGAAGAUCUUAAAUGGGAAAAUGUCAAAAGCUUAUUGGUUGAAGAGUACAUGAAGCGAAAAGAGAAGCAAACAGAGAGUCCUGGUCAGAACGAUGCAUUAUUUUCGAGGAAGAGUAAUUAUUCAUUCCGUGGAAGGAAUCAGUUUCGUGGUGGCUGACAGUAUGGCAACAAUACCCGAGAUGGUGUACACAAUCAGAGGAGACCAAACCAGAUGCGGGGAAUUAAAUGUGAAAAAUUUGGCCACGUUGUUAAGAACUGUCCUCUUAACAAGAAAUCAAAUGUCACUGAAGAAGGCGAGUAAGAUAAACGAAGAAAUCAAGGAAUAGCUUUACCUUUAAGCUCUACGUCCACCAAUAAAGGGCGAAAUGAUCAAUGGUUCAUUGAUAGAGGAGCAACUAAACACAUGACAUUUCAGAGGAAUAUUAUAGCUGAUUACAAGAAAUAUGAGGAGCCAUUGAAGAUCUACCUUGGAGAUAAUAGAAAGAUGCAACAUUACUUUAAAUUUACAUGAAGUAUUAUUUGUCCCAGAAAUUCCCAGCGAUGACCCAAAUGGAAGCUGAGGUUAUAUUCGACGAUGAAAAAUGCUAUAUAAUCAAGAAUGGGAAGACAAUCAACAUUGGACAUUUGCUCGAUAGUAAGUUGUUUGUUGUAAACACUCAGCCAGACUAUGUUAACAUUACAACAACAAAAGCCCCAACACGAAGGCAAUGGCAGUGUAGAUAUGGGCACUUAAACUUUGGAUACGUCAACAAAUUGGCAAAGGGGUACUCAGUCACUGGUAUGAAAUAUACUAAGGGUGAAACCAACCAAAUGUGAAGCAUGCACAAGAGAAAAGUGAAGCAUGCACAAGAGAAAAGAUGCAUCGAAUACCAGUUCCGAAAUAAAGCUCAAAUAGAACGACUCAACCGCUGGAACACAGUGAUGUAUGCCGACCAAUGAACAUUGACUCCAUUGGUCGAAGUAAGUACAUUUUGGUAUUUACUGACGGUUAUACUAGAUAUUUAACCGUGUAUUUUCUGAGAAAUAAGUCAGAAGUUUAUGAGGAAUUCCAAGAAUAUAUUAGCAUGGUUGAAAACGUUACUGGAUUGAAAGUAAAAACAUUGCGAACAGACAAUGGUGGAGAAUAUGUUUCUAAUGAUUUCUCCAAAUAUUGUGCAAAUGAAGGAAUUGUACAUCAGUACAGUAAUCCUUACACUCCAGAGCAAACUGGUGUUUCGAAAAGAUUAAAUCGAACACUCUUGGAAUCUGCCAAGUCCAUGAUAUUUCAUGGCUUGCGAACAUGCCAAUCAACUUUUGGGCAGAAGCUGUCAACAGAGCGGUGUACUUACACAAUAGAACUAAGAAGUCCCACACACCCCUAAAUAUGAAAACAACUUAUAAAUUCUGGUUCGGUAAAAAGCGGGAUGUUAGAUGUAUCAAACCUGAAAGUAUUUGGAUCAGUUUGUUUCAUCCAUACACCCGGCAAUCUACGACGAAAGCUUAACCCUAGAUCGCGAAAAGCUGUAUAUAUAUGAUGUACAAUAACAGUAGUAGAAUCAAAGAAAUUUGUGCACAGUAGAGAUGUAGUAUUCUAUGAAAACAAGUUUCAUGAUUUUGAAGUAGUCACUAAAGAGUUAAUCAUACGAGAAGAUGCACCAGAAGGGAAAUUAAGUGUCGAUCAUGAACAACACCAUGAUGCUGAAGAUCAAGUCCAUGUACCUGACAUCGAGGACGAAGAAAAUGUACCAGCAGUCGGAGAAUCAUACGAAAAAACGCGAUAGUUUUCUGACGAAAAACGGUUAUAGAAAGAGCAAUGCAGAUAAUUGCAUUUAUGUGAAGUCCAUAGUGAAGUUUCGUGAUUUUGGCUGUAUAUGUUGACAUAAUUCUCAAACGACAUCAACAUGUUAAACGCAGAGAACGACUUGUUAUGUUACGUAAGCAUUUUGAAAUGACGGAUCAAGGAGAAAUUCAUUUUAUACUCGGUAUGACAAUUAAGCGUAACAGAGAAACCAAAACGCUAUUCAUCAACCAACAGAAGUAUCUAGAGAGUGUGUGGAUAGAUUUGGUAUGGCUAAUUGCAAGCCGAUUUCUACUCCUCUUGAAACAACUUACCAUAAGCGGACGGAAGAGGAAGAAGGAUUCGAUAAGAAUUUAUAUCAACAGGCUAUAGGAUGUUUGACACACAUCUCGACACGACAAUUAAGACCAGACAUUUCUGCAGCAGUUAGUAUAUUGUCUUCAUACAUGUCGAACACUCGAACUCCAGCAAGGAACGUUGGAAUGGAGUCAAAAGACUUAUAAGAUACAUAAAAGGGACUUUAAAGUUUGGAUUGAAAUUUAAAGCGUGUGAAAAUGAUGAUGAGAAUGGAGACGAGUUGUAUGGUUAUUCUGACGCCAACUGGGCAGGAGACGUUGAUUCUCGACGUUCAACCUUUGGUUAUAACAAGCGAGUGUGAUGAAAUCAACUACCAAAGCGGAAUACGUAGCGUUAAGCCAGGCAACGCAAGAAGCAAUUUGGAUGAGGCGAUUAUAUUAUCAGAUAUUGCUUGUAAAAGUGAAGAACCCACCACAAUGUACGAAGACAACGAAGGUGCUAUUGAAAUUUCAAAGAACGCUAGAUUUUUUUUAUAAACAAUAUUUUAAUAUAAUCAAAACUUGGCAAUUGCGCCAAGAGCCAAAAGGCAUAUAGACGUCCGGUUUCAUUUUCAUAAGAGAAAAAGUAUUAUCAAAUGAAGUUAAAGUUAUCUACAGUAUUGUUCAACUGAAAAUAUGUUGGCGGACAUAAUGACAGAGGGAUUAACAAAAAAGAUAUUUCAAAGACUACGAAGCACGUUGAAUGUUUGUUCAUUUAAGAAAGUUAAGAUAAGUUGACAUUAUCAAAUAUUUUUAACAAGAGAUAAUGACUAAAUUAUUCUAAAUGGGAGUGUUAAAAUUAGUAAUAAUCAUUUAUAUUAUUGCAUAAAUUAAGUAUUUUGUUUUAAGCGAUAUGAUUGGACGGUAAUCACAUGACUUUCGAACACGUUGUUUUAUUCCUUGUCUUCUGUGUCGAAGUGUACAGCUGUUUCAAUUAAGGUUGUCCCCAAGCAAAGCGGAAAAGUCGAAUACGAGCGCGAAAGAAUGCUGGGAAUCGCUAAUAAAUUUAUUAAUUUUUUAACGAUUCCCAGCAGUCUUUCGCCCUCGUAUUCGACUUUUCCGCUUUGCUCGUGGACAACCUUAAUUGAAAUAGCUGUAUAUACAUGUAUUUAUUCAUGUGUCGUACGUAAUACGUUUAUUUUUCAUACUAAAUAACAUGGUUUUUAACAAUUUUGGCAUCCCAGAAUCAUCACAGAAGUACAGUAUACAGGCCUAUACAAUACAUGUUUCUCAUUGUUCUAAAUUACAAUAAGAAACUCAACAAUCAACAACUAGAUAAAGUUGGAAAUCAAAGGCUGGUUAUAUUUUCAAGAAGGCAGACUCGUAUGCAAAGCUAUUAGUUGACCACCAGAGACAUUAGCAUUAUCCUAAUGUUUGAAAUUUUGCAAUAUCCGGUCAGGAUACAAGUCAUUCACAGUUUAGUAUCCAAAACCAUUAUGCGAACAUUUCUUUGAGAAGAAUAUUGACAAUGAAAAUCUCAAAGAUCUUUUACCACAAACAGUUUUAUCUGGAUAUGAUCUAAGACCGAUAUGUAAAUAUCAUAAUUAUGUUUGUAGAACUGAACGUUUUAAGAAUUCGUUUUUACCUCAAAGUAUAUUAAAGAUUAACAGUAAAUAAGUUUUUAGAAAUGUAAAUAAUUUUAAAUAUGUAAUUAUUAUGUAAUUUUAACUUCUCUUAAUUUAUGUAAUACUGGUGUAAUUUAAUCUUUUUGGGUUACAAAGUCAGUAAUCAUUAAAUCAAUUCAAAACCAAAUUUAAGUAUCCUGUGGAUAUCGCACACUGCGAAUUUCAGACCCUGUAUACUGUAUAGUCAAAUACAAAAUACUCCAAUUCUGAAUGAUAUAACCUAGGUGUGUAUACGUUGCUCAAGUCACUUUGCAAAUCAUCAGCAUUCGGGAUGUGCGGAUGUCGGAUACCGGAUAGUACCGGAUAGUAGGCUACCGGAUACCGGUCAGGAGAAAAUGAUGACCGGAUAAUAACCGGAUACCGGAUAAUAACCAGAUACUCCCAUACAAUAAUUUAUUAGAAACACAACAUUUUUAUAGCUUAAUUAACUAGUCCAAUGUGGCAAUGUGUUUAAUACACAUUUUUUGUCUCAUUGACAUAUUUGUCUUUACCAAGGCCAUAUCUUAUGAUUCACCUUACAUUGUUUACUGGUAUUCAGUAUAUAAAAUUCACUGCUGUUGGCGAACGAGCAGUUCACAUCACCAUCACGAAAAAAAUAUGUCGUAAUUUCGUCGUAAUGCAGCGCACGCUCAGUAAUUGUUCGUGUUUCACAAUUUGUAAACGCCAAGUAAACUUUUCCGUUUCAUGGUUGUAAAAAAUAUCUUACAAUACUAUCCGGUAAAUAUCCGGCAAAUUUAUACCGGAUAGCGGAUAGUGCCGGAUGUCCAUGAUACCCUUGUUUAUUAACACUUGAUAUCCAUGGGUUUAAAUAAAAAUCAAAUAAAAUGUACAGUACCUGUAGUCCAAUAAUAAUAAAGUUGUUGGAAGUGCAAACAGGAUUUUCAAAAUAAAUUUCAAAACUCUAUACUGGUAUUAAAUAUUUAUUGGAACCACAUUGUCUGGAAGCAAGAGCAGACAUGUUGUCCUUGCUGUGAAUUUUAAUAGUUUACUGCAUUUAGGUGACUAAUGUGGAUAAUGAUGUUAUGUGAAUUUUAAUAGUUUACUGCAUUUAGGUGACUAAUGUGGAUAAUGAUGUUAUGUGAAUUUUAAUAGUUUACUGCAUGAGGUGACUAAUGUGGAUAAUGAUGUUAGCUCAGUAAAUCGAAUUCGAGUUCCACUCACAAACCCCAAAUCAUUAAUUCAGCCUAAGAAAAUAAACACUCGGUAUUUUGAAUGGAUAGGCAGCCUAUACCCCUUGUCAACUCACCCAAACCGUCUAAAAAUCACAUCAACAACGUCGCCUGCAGGAAUGGUAGAAGAGGAAAAAAGAUUAAUAACCAUUAUAAAUCAUCCAGAGCAGGUUGGAAAGGCCGUGUGGAUAGAAAUAAUAAUAAAAAUAUUUUCCCUUUUUUUCGGCGUCGUUAUCAAACCAGAACUCCGAUUCGAGGCUUUCGCUGUACAAAGGACUGGCGGGAGUAUUUGGACUUUGUCCACAGGGAUCAACAAUACCAUCGACACUUAUGACAACCCCUACCUCCGCUGAAUCCACUGAUGGAGACCCCAAUGUCUCUCCUCGAUCGCUAUCCUCGCCAUUUUUAGCAUUUAAUGUUCCGACUUCCCCGGAACAGAGACCGGAAUCACCUCCUGAGACAUACCGUCCAUCAAACCCCUGUUAUAAUAUCCCUAUUCAAAUUACUCAACGGUCCGCAAAUACCCUGUAUCGUGACUAAAGUGUUAAUCGGGAUAACUUAAUAAGAAUCCAAGUUGGAACUUCUAGUUGCAGUCAUGCUAAUAAUUUAAACAGCGACAAACCUGAACCUAAUCUACCGGGUUUUUACCUUAUAAACGCUCGUUCUCUUUUAACCAAAAAUGGAUAAAUUGACUCUCUUAUUGAAUACACAUCCACUUGAGGUUGUUGCUAUCACCGAGUCAUGGCUUAACGAUGAACCUUUCCAACUUAUUGCACUAAGGCAGAAGAAGUGGGCAGAGGGACCUUUCCAACUUAUUGCAGGCUUUCCUUGGUAGGGAUGCAACUGCUUGAAAAAUUCAAAGGCACGACCUGCACUGGCACAGACCGUUCAAUAACUUAAAGUGCCUAUAUCGUGGUUUUGGAGUUUGCAUAUCUCGAAAGUUUAGGGUAUUUUAAGACACUUUGCAAUAUAUUUUGUUAUUGAAAAAUUUCAUCUUGAUGGAUUUAUUAGCUCUUAAAAUUACCGGACAUGACGUCAAAAGGAGAAUUGCAAAUCAGUUUUCCUUUGUAUCAUUGCAACAAAAUUCUCCUUUUGACGUCAUGUCCGGUAACUUUAAGAGCUAAUAAAUCCAUCAAGAUGAUAUUUUUCAAUAAACAAAAUAUAUUGCAAAGUGUCUUAAAAUACCCUAAACUUUCGAGACAUGCAAACUCCAAAACCAUGAUAUAGGCACUUUAAUGCACAUAUGUUUUUUUGUUGUACAUGACCUACUAUUUUUGUAUUUACAAUACCUUGAAUUAGGAUGUCUGACAGCCUGACUAUCAAGAUUAUCUAACUUAUGUAAUUAUUUUUAGGUUCCUGUCAACAAGGAGUCUUUACCGCAACCAUCUUUUACGUAAGUUUAUAUAUUUGGUAUAUUUGGAGCAUGUAAUUUUGUCAAAAAUCAUUAAAAAAAUCAUGGUUAAAAUCACAUAACAACAAAUAUAGUUGGCACUUGGCAAAAUGCCAAAAUCAAAUAUACUGUAUACAAUAUAUGCGUUGGAAUUAUUUAAAAAUUGGGUCAGAAAAGUUUGUUCUAUUCCUUAAAUUAAAGAUUCCAAUGUUAUGACUUGUGAACUAUUUUAGAGAUCAAGUAUUUCUGUCAGAGUAACACAACAAAUAUAUAAAGUCCAGCCAGGGGUUCAGGUAUAUUGGUAGAUUGGUACAGUAUAUUUAAGGCCACGUUACUUUCCAAUUCGAAAAUUUCAGGUCCUAUUGGGAGUCCAAUUGGAAAAUAUUCCACUCCUCUGUUCUUUGAAAAAACUGGAGAGGUGUGUGAUGCAGACCUCAUAAGCAGCAGGCUCUAUCUAAUUUAAUUGAAAACGAAUUGAGAGAUGUAGUUAAAUAUUUUUUUCUUCUAUUUUCAAAGUGAGACUUACAGUUCAUGCAGGCAAUCAUAAAAAAUAAUUUGUAAGGCCUAACAAAACAUAUGCUGUGGUCCAGUUUCAUAUUUUGAAAGAAUACAUACUGUACUGAUGUUUGUGGUGUUACUCUGAGUGUAUAUCCACACCGGACGAGCUUGAAAAAUAUGCCCGGCCACGGUGGGAAUCUAACCUACGACCUUUGGAAUACUAGCCCAAUGCUCUGCCAACUGAGCUACGCGGUCAGGACGGUUGAGUAAGUGAUAUUUCGGAACAGAAUCUAGUCCCUUCGAUACCAGUGUAAUCUUGUAUAUUAUUUUUUCUGUGUUGGUGUUGUGUACUCAGGUGAAUAUGAUGUUUGUGGUGUUACUCUGAGUGUAUAUCCACACCGGGCGAGCUUGAAAAAUAUGCCCGGCCACGGUGGGAAUCGAACCUACGACCUUUGGAAUACUAGCCCAUUCGAUUCCGACCGUGGCCGGGCAUAUUUUUCAAGCUCGCCCGGUGUGGAUAUAUACUCAGAGUAACACCACAAACAUCAUAUUCACCUGAGUACACAACACCAACACAGAAAAAAUCAUAUUACAAGAUUACACUGGUAUCGAAGGGACUAAAUUCUGUUCCGAAAUAUCACUUACUCGAACCGUCCUGACCGCGUAGCUCAGUUGGCAGAGCAUUGGGCUAGUAUUCCAAAGGUCGUACUGUAGGUUCGAUUCCCACCGUGGCCGGGCAUAGUUUUCAAGCUCGCCCAGUGUGGAUAUACACUCAGAGUAGCACCACAAACAUCAUAUUCACCUGAGUACACAACGCCAACACAGAAAAAAUAAGAUACUGUACUGUUCUAGGUCAUAAAAAAUGUUUUUUGAUUUUUCUUGUCUUUGGUCAAGCAAUUGUGAUCCGUUGGCAUUGCCACAACACAUAAACAUUUAAAGAAGCAAUUUUACUGUAAUAACUGUGACAAUGGAUGCCAUCAGUUGUAUAAUCAUAAAAUGACCAACGAAAAAUCUAGGGUCGUUAAGUAAACAAAAACACCGCCACACAUCCAUGAAAACAAGAGUUGGUGGUAUCACUUUAAGCCUUUAAGUUAUAAAGUUUAUCUUUACAAGCAGACUAACAGUAAAAUAUAUAUUUUUUAGCAUUUCAAACUCGGAAAAGUCUUUUCAGACAGAGUUUAGAAUGUAA